GUAGGUUGCGACAGAAGACAUCUGCCGAGGCAACUCAUAAUGGUGGCCGGACGAAGAAGAUUCCUGAGGCAAAGCAACAAGCAAAUAUAACCCAAUCAAAUUCAAUCUCGGCCUUGCAAAAACACACAUGGGUUUGGUGUAUGUUGUGAUGGAGAUGACAAGAUGCAUAAACAUCACAUUUCUGGUGAAGAAGCUAAGCCAUUUCAAGUUGAUGUUUUUGAUGUUACUCGCUCAUCUGGGUCUGCUCAAACCGCCGUCACCAUUACAAGAAGUUAAUUCUCAAGAAGAUCCCACUGCCACUGGUUAUGUUCUUGUUAUAGAUGGUCCAAAUCCUUCGAUUGUCACAGUCCCACUCCACAUACUAACAUCCUUGAUCAAGAAGAGCCUUCCAGUUGUACAAUAUAGCAGCUUUAUAGAAAGAUUUGGAGCUCAUAAUGAUGAUGAAGAUACCAAUUCCGUAUGUUCUGUUUGCUUAGAAUGUAUUGAGAGAAACGAAGAUAUCAGAGAGUUGCGCAACUGUUCGCAUCUUUUCCAUAGAAAGUGCUUGGAUUAUUGGGUUGAUGAAGGUCAAGUUACCUGCCCUCUCUGUAGAUCCUUGCUAUUUCCGGCUAAGGGAGAGAUGAUAUCUUAUUAAUUAAUGUCUUUUGAAGUACUCUAGUGUAAAUAUAUUUUGGUUUUUUGGGUUUUGGGUUAAUCCUAUUUAUUUAUUUUUGGCAUCUCUUAUUUCCUUUCUCUUUCUAUGUUUAUGAUUUCAUAAAUCUAGCUUCGGACACUGCAUUAAACUGGUCAGUGAACACUGACAGGGUGUUCAGAUAGACUUAAAGAACUCAACAGAACGAGGAAGCCGCCACACCUCUAAAAGAUACCAGAGCAACUUGUCAAGCC